UCCCGGCCAAUGGCUCCGCGCCGCGCACUCCCCGCCCCGCUCGCCCCGUGAGCAGAAAUAGCCCCGCCGCCGCCGGCAGCGGCUUUUCCGCGGGGAGCGGGCGGCAGCGGCGGAGCAUCCCCGGGCGGAGCAUCCCGGGAGGAACAUCCCGGGAGGAGCAGCCCGGGCGGAGCAGCCCCGGGAGGAACAUCCCGGGAGGAACAUCCCGGGAGGAGCAGCCCGGGAGGAGCAGCCCCGGUCGGGCCGGCCCCGAUGGCCCCGCGGGCGGCGGCGGGCGGGCGCUGAGCGGGACCCGCGGAUGCCGGGCGGGGGCCGGGCGCUGCGGGCAGCGGGGGGCCGCCACCCGGGGCUCGCCGCGCCCCUCCGGCCCCCCAGGGCCGCGGGGAGCCCGGCCAUGGGCGUUCGGCUGCCCCGUGCCGUGCUGGUACCUGCGGGAGGGCGCCCCGAGGAAAGUCCCUGCUUCCCAUGAGCAGCGCCCGCUCCCGGCGCUGCGCUCGCCAUGGACACUAUGAAAACCACCUACAUCGUGCUGGAGCUCAUCAUCGCCGUGCUUUCCAUCGCUGGCAACGUGCUGGUCUGCUGGGCUGUGGCCAUCAACAGCACCUUGAAGAACGCCACCAACUAUUUCUUGGUGUCGCUGGCCGUGGCCGAUAUCGCCGUGGGGUUGUUGGCCAUCCCUUUCGCCAUCACCAUCAGCAUCGGCUUCCAGGUGGAUUUUCACAGCUGCCUCUUCUUCGCCUGCUUCGUGCUGGUGCUGACCCAAAGCUCCAUUUUCAGCCUGCUGGCCGUGGCCAUCGACAGGUACCUGGCUAUUAAGAUCCCACUGAGGUACAACAGCCUGGUGACGGGCACGCGGGCCAGGGGACUCAUCGCAGUGCUGUGGCUGCUGUCCUUUGGGAUUGGGCUGACCCCUCUGAUGGGCUGGAACAAAGCCAUGAGCGGCUGUCCCAACGCCACCAACGAGACAGGCACGGAGCCCCACGGCUGCUUCAUCUCGUGCCUCUUUGAGAACGUGGUGACCAUGAGCUACAUGGUCUACUUCAACUUCUUCGGCUGCGUGCUGCUCCCGCUCCUCAUCAUGCUGGGGAUCUACAUCAAGAUCUUCAUGGUGGCCUGCAAGCAGCUGCACCAGAUGGAGCUCAUGGGCAACUCCAGGACCACCCUGCAGAAGGAGGUCCAUGCAGCCAAGUCUCUGGCCAUCAUCGUGGGGCUUUUUGCCUUCUGCUGGCUGCCCCUGCACAUCUUGAACUGCAUCACGCACUUCCACGAGGACUUCUCCAGAUCCAAGCCCGAGUGGGUGAUGUACGUGGCCAUCAUCCUGUCCCACGCCAACUCUGUCAUCAACCCCAUCAUCUACGCCUACAGGAUCCGGGAUUUCCGCUGCACCUUCCGCAAGAUCCUCUCCAAGAUCCUCUGCAAGGCCGACGAGCUCCCCAAGUGUCCCUCAGAGCACAGCCAGCACCUGACUGUCAUCAACAUCAGCUCGCCCGCGGCCUCGGUCACCGUGUGACCCAGCCCGGCCCUGGCACUGCCCCUGGGGUGCCAGCAGUGCCAGCAGUGCCCUGGCAUGAGCGCUGUGCACUCGUGCAGCUGUGGUUUUAUUUUUAUUUUUGUAAUUAACGUGGUGCCUGGCAGAGGAGUGACCCGAGCGGGGACACUGAGUGCCCUCCUCUGCAGCCCCGGGGGUGAGAGCUGUGACCUUGUUGUGUUUCCUGUCCAGGUGUUUCCUUUCCAGGCUGGACACUGACUGGGGAAGACUCACCUGCUGGGGGGUGUUUCCCCAAUUGUGCUGCUCAUGUCAAGUCAUAGGAUCUUUAUUUUAAUUAUUAUUAUUAUUUUUUAAUAUUUGGAUUCAUUUAGGAGUAAUAAUAUCAUGUCUGUUUUUUGAGUUGCUCUCUAAGUUCAUACUUGACAGCACUUUGGUAAUACCCUCAUUAUUCCAUCAAUUGUUUGAUGCAGCUUGUAUUCUCUGAUGGGAAAAAGUCUUACUUAGCCCCAUUGCUGGUGUGAAACUGAAUCUGUGUUCCAGGCACUGAGGGGAGGGGCCGUGAGGAUGGGAAAACCAGGUCAGAACUGGCCAGCCCAGCAUGGAAACCCCAAUUACUGAAAGACUGGAGAAAAGGCUUCACCAAGGUUUUAGAGCAGAGGUUUUAUUGCCUUUAAAUCACUUUGGUUCACAGGGCUGUGCAGCCCAGUGCUUCAGGUUUGCCCCCAGAUCUGUUCCCAGUUAUCAAAAUGCAGGAGGCAGAAGUGCCCCAAAGGUCCUGGCUGCUCUGAACCAGAGCCACCAAGGCCAGUGUCACUGCCUGGGGACACGAGCUCCACAAUUGGGUUCUUGCUCUGCCAGCCUUGCAGGUUUUAGCUGUGAGAGGUGGAUGCUGCAGCUCACCUGACUCCUAAAGCUUAGUCUGGCUGGGGCACCCCUGCAGCCCUGUAACCCCCAGAAGCUGUGAAUGCUUUUUUUUUUUUUCCCUAACAGUAAUUUUCAUAUUUUUAUCCCUGAAAAACUGUACUUGAAUCACACAGAAAUCAACUCUAUUUUUUUUUAAUUCUGUUGCACUAAAAGAGGGGUACAAGACCCCAGGAGUUUAAUUUCUCUGGAAUAUAUAAUGAUAAAUGUGGUGUAAAAUCAAUUGAUAAGCUGAAGAAAUCUUGUUCCUGCAGCAUCUCCCCUGCCAGCUGGCAGGAGCUGCAGGCAGCAGCUGCAGGAAUGAUCUGGGCCCACCAAGCACAGGGAAUGGUUCCCUGGGAGUGCUGCAUUUCAGUGCCAUUGGAGCAGCUCAGCCCCAGACCUGGGUGAAACCACCAGAGAGCUCUGAAUGGCUUUGCAAUGUUUAUGCAAUGUCCAAAUUUAGCUGCAGCUCAGUGUCUCACACAGGGGCACUUCCAGCCAAGUCUGAGCAGCUCCAGUCCCUGUCCCAGGUGCUCCUCCUUCAGCAGCCCCACUCUGCUUUCUGUGUUACCUUUGGCCGUGUUCCUGCUGUUAAUCAGGGCUGGACACCAGCAGGGUUUCACCUGCAGCCCUGGCAGUGCUGCCAAGUGGUUGCAAGCCACAUUUAUCCUCACAACAAAGGAUGGAAUCUCCCUUUGGCUGCCUGAAAGCGACCCAAACUCUCACAGCAGCAACAAAAUGAAACUCUCAGUGCUGUAACACCAGGAGAGAAGGUCCCAGAACACUUGUCCACACGUGAGAGCUUCCAGUGCAGCUCAGCAUCCACCCCUGCUCCCUUCCCCUGCCUCUGCUGAGCCAGAAUUCCUGCAGGAUGUGGAGCAUCCCCAGCCCAGCUGUGCCUUUGGCUGCCAGGCAUUAACUCUGCCCAGGUCACUGGGCACAGGAAGUGCCUCUGUGGAUCUGAGCCAAACAUAUUUCAAGGCAAAAUAAAAAUAGAACACCUCCCUUGCCCCCUCAAUAAAAAGCUCUGAAGGUUUCUAUAAAAAUGUGACGCAAAAGCAGCAGAGGAACUUUCUGUAGGCAGUGCAGCUGUGGCCAUUGAGCUGUCCCUGCUCUGCUGUGCAUGGAUGGAAGUGUUCUCCUCAUGUUGUAUUUGCAGGAAUUGUUAUUUACAUCCAAAAUGCUUCAUUUACCACCCACACCACCUGGCUCAGCCUGUGCCCCAUUAUUUCUGGUGGUUGAUGCAGCAGGAGAGGCCACACUGCCCUCAGGGAGCACAGGGCAUGGACAGGGGAUCACAGCUGGAAGGAGCAGCCCUGAGGUGCUCAGUCUGAAAAUGUUUGAUUGAAAGCACAGCAACCAUGUUGAUGCUCCCAAAGGUCCUGCUCCACUGCAAGCACAGAGCUGACCCCAGUCUCAGGCUGCUGAGGGGUCCCUGCCCUAGUCCCUGGACCAGGUUUGCCACUGAAAAAUCAGAAAUGGCUCUGAGCUGCCACCUGCAAAGAGCCACAGCAGCUCUUUAAUCUGUGCAUCACUGAGACCUGCAGGACUUUUGCAUCCUCACAUCACAAUCAUUAGCUCAAACAUCUUCAGAAAUCCCAAAGCCAGAAUAAAUAAAA